UUUAUUUACAACAAUACAAUCAGUAACAACAAUAGACGCAAUAACAACAAUCACAAUGGUUGUUAAUUUUAAAGUAUUUAAAAAGUGUUCACCAAAUGGUAAAAUUACAUUGUAUUUGGGGAAACGAGAUUUUGUUGAUCAUAUAUCUGGUGUUGAACCAAUUGAUGGAAUUGCAUUGUUAGAUGAUGAGUACAUUAAUCAAAAAGAUCGUCGUAUAUACGGACAAGUUAUAUGCAGCUUUCGUUAUGGACGUGAAGAAGAUGAAAUGAUGGGCUUAAACUUCCAAAAAGAUUUAUAUCUAGCAUCAGAACAAGUAUAUCCACGUCCAUCUAAUCAAGAAUCUCAACCACUAACACGUUUACAAGAACGUUUAAUUAAAAAAUUAGGUGCAAAUGCAAUACCAUUCACAUUUGUACUUCCACCAUCAGCACCUAGUUCUGUCACCUUACAACCAGGUUCUGAAGACGAUGGCCAACCAUGUGGUGUACAAUACUUUGUUAAAUUAUUUAUUGGUGAUUCAGAAUUAGAUCGUACACAUAAGCGAAGUACCGUUGCGUUGGCAAUUCGUAAAAUACAAUAUGCUCCAAGUAAACAAGGCCGUCAACCAUGUACAGUUGUUCGUAAAGAUUUUAUGCUCAGUCCUGGUGAAUUGGAAUUAGAAGUGACGUUAGAUAAACAAUUGUAUCAUCACGGCGAAAAGAUUGCUGUUAAUAUUUGCAUACGAAAUAAUUCAAAUAAGAUUGUAAAGAAAAUCAAAGCUAUGGUACAGCAGGGCGUUGAUGUUGUCCUGUUCCAAAAUGGACAAUAUCGUACGAGCGUGGCAAGUUUAGAGACACAAGAAGGUUGUCCAAUUCAACCAGGUUCUUCGUUACAGAAAGUUAUGUAUUUAUUACCGUUGUUGAGUAGCAACAAAGAACGACGUGGUAUAGCUUUAGAUGGCCAAUUAAAGAAACAAGAUACUAAUCUAGCAUCAACGACCUUGUUAUCAUCACCCGAUCAACGUGAUGCAUUUGGAAUCAUUGUUAGUUAUGCUGUAAAAGUUAAAUUGUAUUUGGGUGCGCUCGGUGGCGAAUUAGUUGCAGAAUUACCGUUCAUAUUAAUGCAUCCUAAACCGCAAAAAGGUAAAAUACUACACGCUGAUAGUCAAGCUGAUGUUGAGAUGUUCAGGCAAGAUACAAUGGAUACAUUUGAAGAUACAUCUGUACCAUAUUAAAUAAAUAAAAACGAUAUCAAUUUAAAGAAGAAUGGAAUCAAGAAAAAAAUAAAAUAAACAUUGAAAUUUUUA